CGCGGCUGGCGGGAGGUGGGCGAGCGGGCGUGGGGAAUGGAGACGCCCGACAGCAUCCUCGGGGCCGUGUGACAGCGAGCGGCGCUCAGACGCGCGCACCGAGCCGCAGCCGGAGCCCCGCAGCCGGCGCAGCGCCGGGCACAGCCGCCCUGCCCCGUCCCGUCCCGCGGGGAGCCGGCAUGGAGUGACAGCAGCCGCCAGGAGAAGCCCCAAAGAGAAACAGAGAUGGCCAAAUUGACAGAGUCGAUGACCAACGUCCUGGAAGAAGACUCAAUGGAGCAGGACAUCGAGAGCCCUGUCACAAUCCACCAACCAAAGUUGCCCAAACAAGCAAGAGAGGAUCUGCCAAAAAACAUCAGCAAAGAAUGUGCCAAGAGGAAAAUCCAGAGGUACGUUCGGAAAGAUGGGAAAUGCAACGUCCACCACGGGAAUGUCAGAGAGACUUACCGGUACUUGACUGACAUCUUCACCACCCUGGUGGAUCUCAAGUGGAGGUUCAACCUGCUGAUCUUUGUCAUGGUUUACACGGUGACCUGGCUCUUCUUCGGCAUGAUCUGGUGGCUCAUUGCCUACAUGCGAGGGGACAUGGAUCACAUAGGGGACAGCACGUGGACCCCCUGCGUCAGCAACCUCAAUGGGUUUGUCUCAGCCUUUUUAUUCUCAAUCGAGACCGAAACCACCAUUGGGUACGGUUACCGGGUCAUCACGGACAAGUGUCCCGAGGGAAUUAUCCUGCUUUUAGUGCAGUCUGUCCUAGGUUCUAUCGUCAACGCCUUCAUGGUUGGCUGCAUGUUUGUGAAAAUAUCCCAACCCAAGAAGAGGGCAGAAACCUUGGUUUUUUCUACAAACGCAGUCAUUUCCAUGCGGGAUGGAAAGCUGUGUCUGAUGUUCCGAGUAGGAGACCUUAGGAAUUCACACAUUGUAGAGGCAUCAAUACGAGCCAAGUUGAUCAAAUCCAAACAGACAAAGGAGGGGGAAUUUAUACCACUCAACCAGACAGAUAUCAACGUAGGUUAUUACACAGGGGAUGAUCGUCUCUUUUUGGUUUCACCACUGAUCAUCAGCCAUGAGAUUAACCAGCAGAGUCCUUUCUGGGAGAUUUCCAAAGCCCAGUUGCCCAAAGAGGAGCUAGAAAUUGUUGUAAUCCUAGAAGGAAUGGUGGAGGCAACAGGGAUGACCUGCCAGGCUCGCAGCUCCUACAUCACCAGUGAGAUCCUCUGGGGCUAUCGCUUCACGCCCGUCCUCACGCUGGAGGACGGCUUUUACGAGGUUGACUACAACAGUUUUCACGAAACCUAUGAGACCAACACCCCCGUUUACAGUGCCAAAGAGCUGGCAGAGAUGGCCAGCCGAGCAGAACUGCCCCUGACCUGGUCUGUUUCCAGCAAGCUGGACCAACACGCCGAGCUGGAAACGGAGGAGGAGGAAAAGAACCAAGAAGACCAAAACGAAAGAAACGGAGACGUGGCCAACUUGGAGAAUGAGUCCAAAGUGUAGAACCAGAGGAGAAAUAAAGGCCACGCCACAUCCUUUAUCUCCUCCCUCUCUGCUCCCUGUUUCUUUCUGCGACACGCCUUUAAUUUUUUUCUCUUCCUGCUAUUGGUAACUCACGGAAAAUAAACGCUUUAGAUGAGAAUUCCCAACUUCAACCCAAGAGAUUCCCAGACUAAGCCAAGGCGUGGGUUCAAGCUGCAACACCCAUCAGGGAUGGUGGAAUCUCCCCCUGGCAGUGACUGAUGGCCCCUCUCCACUGCAGACCUCCAGGUUUAUCCACAUCAACAACACAAAAACCAGUCCCUGAACGCAAAGGAAAUGUAUUCAAGGGAUUUUAAAAGAAAAACUAAUUAAUGCCCAUCAAAGCAAUGGGUCUUGACUGAGUGUUUAUGUAUUUCAGGACAGUUUCACAGACUGGGUGACAGUGGAAUGGGCCUUGCAGCUUUAAGAGGAAGGUGAGCAGAGGGAUCUGCAACCCCACACGACCCUGUACAUAUGCCUUAUGUAACUAUUUCUCUCUACAUUUAGUAAUAAACGCCGCAUGUACAAAAGUACUGUAGUAAAGAACUUCUAAAUAAUG